AUGAGCCCAGAAGACAUGAGAUGUCCCAAUGUCGUCUCGCAAACCUUUAAACAAGUGGAGAAACUUUGCGACGCUUGUGUCCAAGAACCGGCCAACGUUGAAGCCAUGGAAAUUGGCCCGCUUUGUCGGCAAUGGACCGAUCUCCGAGUUGCCGUGCCUCUGGCAUUCAUGCCACCUCAACUCAAAAGUGCCCUCUCGAAAGGUAUUGAAUCUGACGCUGAAGUGGAAACAGGCGAAUUUGUUCUCGGUGACACGCUCAAAAGCCCGGCUCGCAGCGGCAGCCACGUCCAACCACAGAGUUCCCAGACUCCAGAUGGUGGGCCGGACGUGAUGAGGCAGCUACGUGACAAGAGCAAUGAAGUCAACAGGCUGCUAGGAAGCCUGCAACCUGUUCCUAAUAUCAGGCAAUCAAAGUAUCCCCAGAUCAUCGGUCUUGAACAUGAAGAAUUCAUCACUAGUAACCCCUUUGACAUUCCAGGAUCCGGCGGUCGGAUCCGAGAUUCUAGUCACCUCUGGAAUCAAGUCAGCCCAUACGGCGCCAUCAGGUCUGAGGUGGAAACAUAUCGCCAGAUGGGAAACGGUCUGGCAGAGCCCGCUCCCGAAGUUCUCAAGAAUAUCGCGGCGGAUGCUCGAAGGCAAGCUCGGGAGGACAGAGUGAAGCCUCCCAGCUACCCUCCUUCUCCGCUGGGACCGAUCGGCCGAGAGCGACAAGAGCUGAGACAGCUCAGGGAAGAAAGGGGGGCCUAUGCAAAGCGUCUGGUAGAAAGUUGGGUACAACAACGAAAUGAGUAG